AUGACCGCCCCCGGCCAGACCCGGUCGGCAUGCGGGUGUGCCUGCAGCGGCAACGGUGGAUGCGGCGGCGGCGCCCGUGACGGCGCCGCCGCCCGUCCCAAGGGUCCGAGGACCGCAUACGUGGCUUUCGGCAGCAACCUUGGCGACCGUGUUGCCUGGAUCGAGCAGGCAUGUGCUCAAAUGGACCGUCGCGGCAUCAAGGUGAAGCGCACCAGCAGCCUGUGGGAGACGGAGCCCAUGUAUGUUCUAGAGCAGGAUAGAUUCGUCAAUGGCGUCUGCGAGGUCGAGACCGAACUUGAGCCGCUGGCUCUUCUUGAUGAGCUCCAGGACAUUGAGCGUACAAUGGGUCGUAAGAAAAUCAUUGACAAGGGUCCGCGUAAUAUUGAUCUCGACGUCCUCCUGUAUGGUGACGAGAAAGUCGAGCAUCCUCGCCUCACUGUCCCUCACGUUGGCAUCCCUGAGAGGGAACUUAUCCCGGAGAAGCCUCUCUACGCCUCCAACCCGUGGAAACUCACUUUGGAUUACCUCAACGAGCUGCCCCGAUCGGCAGCACCCCUCUCCUCGCUGACCCCCAUCUCCUCCUCUCAACCCCCCUUGGCCUCCCUUUCCCCCAACCGCCAAACCCAUGUCAUGGCCAUUGUGAACGCCACCCCAGACUCCUUCUCCGACGGCGGCGUCCACAACCCCCAAAACCUCGUCGCAACCCUCAAAUCCUUCGCCGCGGCUGGCGUUACCAUUGUCGACAUCGGCGGCUGCUCCACCGCCCCCGGUCGCCCCGAGGUCCCCGCGGAUGAAGAACUCGCCCGCGUUCUUCCGGUCAUCAAGCUCGUCCGCGGCCUCCCGGAGCUUGCCCACAUCGCCAUCAGCGUCGACACCUACCGCGCCUCCGUGGCCGAGGCCGCCGUUGCCGCCGGCGCAGACAUCAUCAACGACGUCUCGGCCGGCCAGCUUGACCCUGACAUGUUCCGCGCCAUGGCCCGCAGCAACCGCACCGUCUGCCUCAUGCACAUGCGCGGCACACCCGCCACCAUGAAUUCCCUGACGGACUAUCCCGACGGGCUGGUCCCCACCAUUGCGCGUGAGCUGCUCGAUCGCGUUGCCGAGGCGGAGGCGGCGGGCGUGCGUCGCUGGCGCAUCAUCCUCGAUCCGGGACUGGGUUUCGCCAAGACGGGGGCUCAGAACCUUGAGAUCCUGCGUCAUAUGGACGAGCUUCGCUCCUGGCCGGGCCUGGAAGGUUUCCCCUGGCUGAUUGGUUCCAGCAGGAAGAGUUUCGUAGGCAAGGUCACGGGCGUAUCGAAGCCACAGGAGCGUAUCUGGGGCACGGCGGCGACGGUUGUCUCGGCUGUCCAGGGUGGAGCUGACAUUGUGAGAGUCCACGACGCCGUUGAAAUGUGUCAAAUUGUCAAGAUGGCGGAUGCCAUCUACAGGCAUUGA